AAAAAGUUAAAAUGACAUUAAAAUUUCAUAUUUUUUUUUAAUAAUUAUGACAGAAUUAGAGACAAUUGAGGUUCAAGCUCGGGAUCUUUUGUUACGUUGGAUUUAUAUACCUGAUAAUGAAACUCUUUCAUGGCAAUUGAAACCACAUAAAAAGUCAAUAAGAUAUGGAAUAUGUAAAAGAACUAAGGAAUUGAAUGUGUCUAUGCGAGGUGAAACAGAAUUGUGUUUAUUAGGAGCAAGUUCAUAUACAUCCCAUUGUCGUUUAUCAAAACAUCGUAAAUGUUGUAAGAAUAGGACGCUUAAGGAACGAUUAGAAAAAGCGGGAUUAACGGAAGUUGUUUCAUUUAUGCGAUGCAAGGCAAAUGUUUUAGAAAAAGGGACAUAUCAUGUGGGACCGAAUAAUGGAGGACAUUUUGCUCUUGUUUUUGAUAAUACAUUUUCUAAGCAGACGUCUAAGAUUAUUACAUAUGUUUUGAAUGCAUGUUUGAUGCCGCUUCAAGUUUUGUCGUUUCAAAAUACAUCACUACAGUCUAUAGUGGAAGUUGAUCCGUCAACGAUUUAUUCUGGUGUCUUAUUGAAAAAAAAGAGAAGCAGACUUCAAGGAUGGGCUCGGAGAUAUUUUACAUUGAAUAUAGCUACAGCCGUACUGUCAUAUACGGGAUCGUCGAGCCAAUCAAUUCUUCGAGGUAUUAUUCCUCUUUCAAUUGCAGCAGUUAGUGUCAAUCCAAAAUUAAGAUGCAUCAAUAUUGAUUCUGGAGCGGAAAUAUGGCAUCUUCGUGUAUUAUCAGAUAAAGAUUGGAUUGGCUGGUGCCGAGCUAUUGAAAAAGCCGCAAAAAAUUGCAAUAGUAAGCACAUAGAACAGCAAAGUAUUCUUGAUACAGAUACGAUUUUAUCUUCAAGUCAACAUGAAAGCUUAAAUCGUCAACUUUGGUCUAAAGUUGAAAAUCUUGUUAACAAGAUUGGUAUUCUUAAAGUUGAAAUAGACAAAAUGAUGCAGCAACGAAAUGACGAUACAAUGGGAUUUUUUGAUACUAAAGUUCAACAUGAUUCAUCAAAUAUAAAUGAUAUUAAUCAAAAUUCUACUUCUCUGGUAUCUUUAAAACGAAAAAAAAUUAUCCUGCCAUCAAGCAUAGAUGGACUAUCAUUUGAUAUGAAAUUGUCACCAUUUCAAAUUGAAUUAAUAAGUUCUGAACUUGGAAACAUCUCGAAUCAAUUUAAAUCACUAUUGUCAGAGCAUAAUGUUUUAAGCCAGCAUGCAUCAUAUAUAUCUGCAUUGAAAACGCCUGAAAUUUCUAUAGAUUUUAUUAGCUCACGAACUAGCAUGGAUACAACAUUUACAGGAGAGUCAUGGUUUGAUGCAGAAGAAAUACCGGAUAAUAUUAAACCAUAUUUGUUAAUUAAUAGCGAUUCUGAAGGUGCUAUUACUGAUGAAUUAACAGCAGACGAAGACGAUAAUAAAAUGUCUAAUAUAUCUCAAGUUUCUUCUAUUAGAAGAUUAUCACAUAACAAAAAUAUAGAGCGAAACAAAAGUAAACGGGUGUUAUAUCCUUUAACUUAUUCAGUCCAGGUUAAUCGAAGGGACAAUAUUCCUCCAAUUACAGUUUCACCUCCAAGUCUUUUUUCUUUUUUAAGGAAAAAUGUUGGAAAAGAUCUUUCUAGUAUCACUAUGCCUGUAAUAGCAAACGAGCCUUUAAAUCUUCUUCAAAGAGCAGCAGAAGAUUUAGAAUAUUCAGAAUUGAUUGAUCAAGCCAUUAACAAGCCCAAAAAAGAUGGAGAACGGAUUCUUUAUAUUGCUGCCUUUGCAAUUAGUUCAUUCUCUAACAUGCGUUGUAAGGAGCGUUUGAUUAGAAAGCCAUUUAGUCCUUUGUUAGGAGAGACUUUUGAGCUUGUUAGGGAAGAUAAAGGUUUUAGAUUUUUAGCGGAAAAGGUUUCUCAUCGACCUGUAGUAAUUGCGUGUCAUGCUGAAUCAACUUCUUGGACAUUUUCUCAUUCUCCUAAGCCGAAGCAACGUUUUUGGGGGAAGAGUGCUGAAUUGAUUACUGAUGGAUCUGUUCUUAUCAAGUUAAUCACGGGAGAUAUAUACAUAUAUCGAAAACCUGCUGUAUUUCUUCGAAAUGUUGCAUUUGGAGAAAAAUAUGUGGAGCCUUCUGGACAUAUGACUAUUUUAAAUAUUUCUACAGGCGAAAAGGCAGUAAUAUCAUUUAAACCAGGAAAAAUGUUUUCAGGACGGAGUGAAGAAUUAUUUGUUCAAGCAUAUAGCGGCUCUGGAACUCUUCAACCUUUGUCAAUUACAGGUUUUUGGACUCACUCAUUAGUCUUGAAAAGAACUGGUACAAAUUUCAAAGAAGUUAUAUGGAAUGUAGGUUCAUUAGUUGAGGAUCCCUCAUCUCAUUGCGGAUUUACUAAAUUUGCGGCUUCCCUCAACGAAAUAACAUCCAUGGAAGAAGGAUUAAUUCCAAAUACUGAUACUAGGCUAAGAAAAGAUCAAAGAAAUAGAGAAGAUGGGAAUAUAGAGGAAGCAGAAAAGAUAAAAUCUCAUCUAGAGGAAAAACAAAGGCAAAGAAGAAAGAAAAUGGAGUCAGAAAAUAUUGAAUGGAAACCUAGAUGGUUUGACCAAGCUAAAAAUCAAGACCCUUGUUGGAUUAUUAAAACAGGAAAUGAUAGUUAUUGGAUUCAACGAGAAAAGCAAACGUGGACAAAAAUACCAGAGCUCUGGUGA